AUGGAUGAACAUUUAAUUUCUACUAUUAACAAGCUUCAGGACGCUUUAGCCCCUUUAGGAGGCGGAUCUCAAUCUCCUAUCGAUUUACCUCAAAUCACUGUUGUAGGCUCUCAAUCUUCAGGAAAAUCCUCCGUUUUGGAAAAUAUUGUUGGUAGAGAUUUCUUGCCAAGAGGUACUGGUAUCGUCACUAGAAGGCCUUUGGUGUUACAAUUGAUUAACAGGAGACCCAAAAAGGCGGAUCAUGCCAAAGUCAAUCAAGCCGCAAAUGAGUUGAUAGACCUAAAUAUCAACGAAAAUGAAAAGAAAAAAGAGGAUCCACAUCAAAAUGGGCAAUCUGAGGACAACACGGAAGAAUGGGGUGAGUUUUUACAUUUGCCCGGUAGGAAAUUCUAUAAUUUCGAUGAAAUAAGACAAGAAAUCGUCAAAGAAACUGACAAAGUUACAGGUGCUAAUUCAGGUAUCUCUUCUGUACCAAUCAAUUUGAGAAUUUAUUCUCCUCAUGUUCUAACCUUGACAUUAGUCGAUUUACCUGGGUUGACAAAAGUUCCUGUAGGUGAUCAACCUCCUGAUAUUGAAAGACAAAUUAAAGACAUGCUUUUGAAAUAUAUAUCUAAACCAAAUGCUAUCAUAUUGUCAGUCAAUGCUGCCAACACAGAUUUGGCCAACAGUGAUGGUUUGAAAUUGGCCAGGGAAGUCGACCCAGAAGGAACAAGAACGAUCGGUGUGUUGACAAAAGUUGAUUUAAUGGAUCAAGGUACUGAUGUCAUUGAUAUUUUAGCUGGAAGAGUCAUUCCUUUGAGAUACGGCUAUAUCCCAGUCAUCAACAGAGGCCAAAAGGAUAUCGAACACAAGAAAACGAUCAGGGAAGCGCUAGAAAAUGAAAAGAGAUUCUUUGAAAAUCAUUCCUCGUACAGUUCUAAAGCUCAUUACUGCGGUACACCAUAUUUGGCUAAAAAACUAAACUCGAUUUUGUUGCACCAUAUUAGACAAACUUUGCCUGAAAUCAAAGCAAAGAUUGAAGCCACCUUAAAGAAAUAUCAAAAUGAACUUAUAAACUUGGGUCCAGAGACUAUGGAUUCCGCUAGUUCUGUUGUUUUGAGUAUGAUUACUGAUUUCUCUAAUGAAUAUGCUGGUAUUUUAGAUGGUGAGGCGAAGGAACUUUCCAGCCAGGAACUUUCUGGUGGUGCCAGAAUUUCUUAUGUUUUCCAUGAAACUUUCAAGAAUGGUGUAGACUCUUUGGAUCCGUUUGACCAGAUUAAAGAUUCUGACAUUAGAACCAUCAUGUACAACAGUUCAGGCUCGGCACCAUCCUUGUUUGUCGGUACUGAAGCCUUUGAGGUUUUGGUAAAACAGCAAAUCAGAAGAUUUGAAGAGCCAUCGCUGCGUUUAGUUACUUUGGUGUUUGAUGAACUUGUUCGCAUGUUGAAACAGAUCAUCUCACAACCAAAAUAUUCAAGGUAUCCCGCUCUUAGAGAAGCGAUCUCUAAUCAAUUUGUUCAAUUCUUAAAAGACGCUACUCUCCCUACAAAUGACUUUGUUGUUGAUAUAAUCAAGGCUGAACAAACUUACAUCAACACAGCCCAUCCUGAUCUUUUGAAGGGUUCUCAAGCAAUGGUUAUGGUAGAAGAAAAAUUGCAUCCUCGCCAAGUUACUGUUGAUCCUAAGACUGGUAAACCUUUACCUGCUCAACCGCCAUCCAGUAAAGCUCCAGCUAUGGAAGAAAAAUCAGGCUUUUUUGGCGGUUUUUUCUCCACUAAAAAUAAGAAGAAACUGGCUGCUUUAGAAUCACCACCUCCUGUUUUAAAGGCCACGGGCCAAAUGACUGAAAGGGAAACAAUGGAAACAGAAGUGAUCAAGCUGUUAAUCAGCAGUUAUUUUUCUAUUGUUAAAAGAACUAUCGCUGACAUUAUUCCAAAAGCUUUGAUGCUUAAACUAAUUGUGAAAAGUAAAACCGAUAUUCAAAAGGUUUUACUCGAAAAACUAUACGGAAAGCAAGAUAUCGAAGAAUUAACCAAAGAAAACGAUAUCACAAUCCAAAGAAGGAAAGAAUGUAACAAAAUGGUUGAGAUAUUAAGAAACGCCAGCCAGAUUGUUUCAUCUGUAUAA